AUCGGCUGUUUCCGGUUAACGUAACUAAGAUGGCGGCGUAAAGGGCCGUGUAUCGGAGAGCGGACCGAGAACAGAAAAUAAUAUCGGGAUAUUUCUGUUCUUCUUAUUAACCCGGUUAAAAUAUAAGUAUUUUACACUAUGGCUGAAAGGCUAGAAUGGGUGGAAAUCAUCGAGCCUCGGACGAAGGAGCAUAUGUACGCCAAUCUUACGACAGGUGAAUGUGUUUGGGAUCCACCGCCCGGAGUGAAAGUUAAGAAAACAGAUGACAAUCAAUGGUGGGAGUUAUUUGAUCAGAACACUUCAAGAUUUUAUUAUUACAACGCUACUAGUCAGAAAACAGUGUGGCACAGGCCGCAAAACUGUGAUAUUAUACCAUUAGCGAAACUACAGACAUUGAAACAGAACACCGAAGCAAGACCAGAAGAUCAAACUGAAAUUAGACCCCCAAAACACAGAUCACAGAAAAAUGAAAAAUCACGACACCAUCACAGAGACCACAGGGACAAGAAAGAAAGGAGAGAGAGGAGGGAGAGAGAAAGGGAGAGGGAACUUCGAGAAAAAGAACGACAGAGAGAACUGAAAGAACAAAGACGACGAGAAGGCAUUGAGAGUCCAUCUUUGCCGCGAAGAGCUGCAAGUAGUACUCCACCACUACAGAGGAGUAUUGAUAGGAGAACCAACGGAUCACAUGGUCACCAUCAUCACUCUCACCACCAUGAUAAGUCUGAAGGCUCAUCGACCACGGGCGAACUGAUACUGUACCAGGAACAGCAUAGACAACAAUUAAAACAAUUCCAGGUGCAGCAACAGCAGCUGCAGCAACAGCAUCAUCAGCGAGAGCAGCAGCACCGCGAGCAGCAGAGUAGGGAACACAGACACCAACUGUUACAACUUCAACAGUCACAAAAUCAAGACUUUCAAAGUCUUCAGCAUCACCACCAUCAUCACCAUCCAAAUCAGAUUGUUUUGUCUGAUCAUCUGAUUAUUCAAAAUGCCCAUGGUAGUCCCGCGACAAGACAUCGACGUGUGGCUACCCUACCUCACUCCAGCACGGAGGAGAGCAGAAGUAGUCCCAUUAACGGAGAGAGAAUAGCGAUAAAUCAUAGUAGAGAUAGCAGCCAGGCUUCUCAGAGUUCAGCAACAUUUUCACCCAAAACUACUGGUAGUUAUGAUUCUGAUGCUUCAGGAGGUGCAGAGGAGAGCAGCUUAAAUCAUAGUCUGGACUAUGAAAGUGAUUCUGUGUUAGCAGCGCAGUCGUCACCGAACACCGCAAGGGCCCGUGCCGAAGCACUGCCGCAUGAUUCCUUCCAUGCAUCGCUGAAAAGGAAGAAAGCAGACAAACACAUUGUGGUAAGCGGAGGCCAGUUUGAGAAGAGUACGUCACUGCAGGACUCUUUGCAUCAACAGCGCCCUGUUUCCAUGGUAAUGACAAGUCGUUCUGAGGAUUUGGUAGUAGCUAACCCUGCAGUUAGUAGUCUAGAUCGGCAGAGACAUGGUACUGUACCCGGUGCCAUGAAAGGUGGUACCACCUCCAUGAUGCUGGGCAAAUUCCGCAAACCUUCCUCAGAAAGCGAUCUUGAAAACUUGGAAAUUCUUAAUAAGCAUAAAAAGGGUAUCUUCAGAAAGAAAGUGUCCAUUGGAAAUCUGCUUUCCUGGUGUAAGGAACCAAUCAAGAAACCCAUGAUUGUAACUAAUGAGAGAACUGUUAAAAAAGAAGCAGUGGAAGUGUUCAAACAUAUCCUUUGA